AUGCCUAUCCUUUUGCAAAAGUUGUGUGUUGCUGACUGCGGCAUUCAACGGAUUGUUAUAGCAGAUGGCCAGUUUCCUUCAUUGACUACUCUAAACAUCAAGGAUAAUGUGAUUAGUGAUUGGCGAUCUAUAAAUGGCCUGCAAGCACUUCCGAAGCUUUCCGUUCUUUAUAUCGACUGUGAACACUUACGCUGUGUUCCAGGAAUCGAAGUUCACGAGGUUAUAGUGGCAAAGUUAAGUGGCUUGGUGGAUUUGAACCGUUUUGAUGUGAGCGCAGUUGAAAGACAAUCAGCAGAAGUUCGUUUUUUGGAUAAAUACUUUUCCGCUGACGACACUGUUAAAGAAGAUCACGUGGACGAUAUAGAGAGGCUCAAAAAGAUUCAUGGUACAGCCGAUGUAUCCUUAAAAAGCCGCGGACUGGAUGUAGUGCUACUCUCAAUCUCUUUCGAGGGGAAAGUUGUCAAGAAGCGGGUGCCUCUGGCAAUAACCGUGCAGAAGUUAUCAGAAAUGGUAGGGCGAGUAUUUUCCGUGGGCUUGAUGGAGGUGAAGUUGGAGCUCGACAAAGGCACUCAUAAGGUGAAACUGGAAAAUCCCAUGCGUACACUCGAUUUCUACUCGCCAGAAUCAAACGAUGUUCUUCACUUGAUAACUGCCUAG